GACCCACACAAUUUCUCACCUUUCUCGCAUUGUCAUACGCCAGUUUAACCACUCCUCAACCACCCUCCCCCCUGUCCCAGUUUGUCCCAGUGUGGUGCGGACCCUGAUAUCCUUAUAAGGACUAGAAUCGUUCACCCAAACAUCUUCGUAACGCGGUAAUAUAGCUACCUAAUCAGCGAACACCUACCUACCUCUCCAUACCCGCAAACCCUCCACGCCGUCAUACAGUAUAUCAUCGUGGCCAAGAUGUGUAUUUUUGUAAGUGGGUUUUUGUAUCCAUCCAUCCAAUAACAUCCAUCCCAUCCCCCAUCCCAUCACUCGCCCACGAUUCUCACCUAAGUCGGGUUUAGUCUGGGGGGGGCUACUACCGGCCACAUCGGGGGCGCAACUGUGAGGACCAUCCUAGACCGAUUCCCCCAUGUGGAAAAUCGCCGCCCUUGGUUCGUGCAACCAGGGCGAAUAAUGUGGGAUUUGGGUCUUUGGAAUAUGUACGUUUUUUCUCAUAGCGGAAUUAUCGUCCCUACGCCGUAUGUAAGUAUGAUUAAUCUUAAGGUACAUAACAUAUUUCGUGUUCCCAGCAAUCGAUGUUCUGUUUUUAGUUGGAGAAGUUCCGAAAAUAGCAAAUUGUCCAUCGAUGAUUGAUUUUCUCUUCUGUUUUUUUUUAACUUUCCUAAUAACUAAAUUAACUUUCCUAAUAAAAAUAAAAAAAAAGUUCCAGCUACCAUUCUUCAGUUACCGCUGGAUAAGUCGCCGAGCGGGGACCUUUGUAGCGUAUAACCAACGUACAUCCAGCGUAUAUGUUACGAGUAACAACUUACGUAUGUACUCACAAGUAACUAGGUACCUAGUAACUACCUACCUACGUCGUAGUACCUAGGAUAGCUUAUAAUGCUGGAUCCAC